AUGCGUUGCCCUGUGAUAUUUUUUGAUCCAUGUGGAAAUACAAUCUGCGUGAUGCACGUUCAAGCAAAUCAACAAACUAAGCAAGUGGAUAUGGGUAGAAUUACAUAUCCUCACAGUUGUAUUCCUCUUGAACAACAACUUGAUCUUCUUACACAAGCACCAAUUCAUCAAGAUAUAACUCAAUUAUUUUGUGACAUCGUGGAGGAAGUCGAGGCUGGAAUACCAUUUCCAAAUAUAUAUAAUGGCAUACGUCAUACAAAAGUGGCUAUUUUAGUUAUUGAUGGUUCGAUUGUUCUUGGUGAUAAUUUAGAAACGAUAGCAAAUGAAUUCAAACGACGUGAUAUUGUUUUAAUUGUUAAUGCUACGGCCAGCUCUUCUUAUGAUAUUCAAGACUUUUAUCGUGAAUUAGCUUAUAAAACAGGUGGUGAAUACAUGUUAACAAAAGAUGUACGAAAUAUGCGGUUACCUAUUACCGAUCCAUUUAUUCUUAGAGUAGAUGCAGAUCUUCAAAUGUAUUUGGGAAAUAUGGUAACUAACACAAGUGUUACUGAUGAUACCGAUGAUCAAAAUGAAAUAAUAGAUGGUGUUGGAGAUUUGCCUUUUGAUCAUGGUUUAUGUUAA